UAUGACUACUGUUUCAUUCUCUAUUUACAUGGUCCAGAGCCGUAAAUACAGUAAAUAUGAGAAUAAUAUGUCAACUACAUCCGUGGAGUUUUAUUUAUUAGAAAAAUAAUUAAAAAAAUGAACGGUGUUGUUGUUUAUUCUCAUUUAUCAAAAUUAUCACAGCAUAUUAAAAAAAUUAUACCGCAACUCAAUAUUGUUAAUAUUAAUCCAGAUAAUAAUGAGUCACUGGAAUUAAAUAAUGUUGAAAUAAUGGUAACAGAUUGUUCAUUAUUACUGAAUAUUAAGAACAAAUUGAGUAAUAUUAAAUGGAUACAAUUUACAUCAGCUGGAGUUGAAGAAUUACUCAGCUUACGUGAUGAUAAAAAUAUUAAUUUUGUAGCCACCAGAUUCGUUGAUUCAGCUUAUGGUUUAGACAUGGCAGAAUAUGUUGUUAUGCAAAUUGUUGCUCAUGAAAGAAAUCAAUGGAAGGAGUAUGAAGCCCAAAAAAAAAGUUUUUGGUCCAGUGAUUCGAUGUUUGGACAACGAAGACUAUUGUCUGAUAUGACUAUUGGGAUUAUGGGUGUCGGUAAUAUUGGAAAAAUUGUUGCGAAGACUUUGAAACAUUUCAAUGCUAAAAUUUGGGGCUUAACUCGAACGAUUCCAACUACAAAAGAGCCUUACAUUGACGAGUAUCGGAUGACAAGUUCAUUACCAGAAUUUCUAUCUAACUGCCAUUAUAUUAUAAAUAUAAUGCCAGCCACUCCAGAAACUAAUGGGCUAUUGAAUGGCGAUAUGUUAAAGAAUUGUAAAGAAAAUAACGCAAUUUUUAUGAACAUUGGUAGAGGAAAUAUAAUUAAAGAGGAUGACUUGGUGAACGCUCUUGAAAAUAAAUGGAUAACUGCUGCAAUUCUAGACGUUUUUGAAGUCGAACCUUUACCAUCGACCAGCAAACUUUGGACAAUGCCUCAGGUAAUAAUUUCGCCACAUAAUGCAUGCUUAGCAAGUGCAGAAAGUGUUGCAGAAUUGUUUUGCAAUAAUUAUAGUAAAUUCACCCAUGGUGAACCAUUACUUCACAUUGUAAAUUUUCAACGGGGCUAUUGAUAAAAUAUUUACUUCGAUUAUUAA